GGGAUAUUUUCAGGUUCACUGCAUCUUUGGAAACACGAUGGCUCCACACCGGGUCACCCAGGUCUUCAUUGACUUCACUGCGGGAGCAUUAGGUGGGACAGCGUGCGUGUUCAGCGGUCAAGCACUCGACACCACCAAGGUGAAGAUGCAGACGUUCCCCACCAUGUACCGCGGCUUCUUCCACUGCUUCACCUCCACCUACAGACAGGUGGGGGUCCGGGGGCUCUACCGAGGCACGACCCCAGCCCUCAUGGCCCACAUCAGUCAGAACGCCGUGCUGUUCCUGAGUUACGGCCUCUGCAAGGACGCCGUCCGCUUCGUGUUCGGUGUCGACAAACGGAAGAAGCUCAGCGAUCUACAGAUGGCCGCUGCAGGGUCUUUAUCCUCCAUCUUCUCCUCCUUGGCACAGUGCCCCCCCGAGCUGGUCAAGUGUCGCCUGCAGGCCAUGCACGAAAUGGAGGCGUCUGGAAUGAUCGCAGGCGGAGGGAAGAGCACCGUGUGGACAGUGAUGAAGACUGUGAUGAGGAACAACGGACCCCUGGGGUUCUACCAAGGACUGAGUUCCACCUUCGUCAGGGAGAUACCAGGUUACUUCUGCUUCUUCGGGGCGUAUGAACUCUGUCGCUCUACGUUUGCUCGGCACAUGGACACAGAGAAGGACGGAAUAGGAGUUCUUCCAGUCAUGUUCAGCGGUGGAUUUGCGGGAGCUUGUCUUUGUUUGGUGGUUUUUCCAAUCGACUGCGUGAAGUCAAGGAUCCAGGUUCACUCGCUCGCUGGGAGGCAACAGGGCUUUGUGAAAACCUUCCUGGGUGUCGUACGCACCGAAGGGUUCCUGGCUCUGUACUCGGGCCUGACUCCCACCAUGAUACGCAGCUUCCCUGCCAACGGAGCGCUCUUCCUGGCUUACGAGUGGAGUCGCAGGUUCAUGAUGGAGGCCGUGGGCACCUGAGGUUUCUUCCUUUAUAGUAUUUUUAAAUUGACUUUAUCAUGGUGCAUGUAUCUGCGUUUUCAGUGGAGCUGCUUCUGAAAUAGAGUUUUAAUCAUUCACAUCUCACCAUAAUCCUUGGUGGAGUAUAUCUGUGAACAAGUUACGGCAUGAUGUUUGAUGCCUAGAACAAACCUUUUGUUGUCAAGUCAGAAAAAGGGAGGAGAACAUCAGCAGGUACACCAUGUCCUGGUGAACAGCUUAACUCUGCAUAACACACCUUAUUGUAUGAUUUGAUUUUAUUUGAAGUGCAGAUCCCAAAUGUUUCUGCUGCAGUAAAACCAACAAACUCAUCUUUACUUAGCAGAAUCUUAGUUCCCUGUCCUAGAAAAGAUCCUUUUCACACUAAAUAAAGUUUUAUAAUGAUAAAUUUACAUAAAAAAUCUGA